UUACAGAUUGUAUUACCGUGGACUAUUUUAUUUGGCGGACGUAGCCAUUUCUAGGUCUCUACUGAGCACAUUUCUGGUGUUCAUGAAUGCCCUCGCGGAGAAGCGCGAUUCUGAACGGGGAGAAAGUGUAGCUAUCUAGUACAUAACUUUAAGCGCGAGUGAUACCUUAUUUCGUGUUUUCAGCAGUGUUUGUGUACUAUACUCAAAUUAAUUUCUAAUCGGCGGUGAUAUACUUGAAUACCGUCUUGCGAAAUCGCUUUUUAUUUCAACCUACCGCUAAAAUAAACUAGCUAACGUUAGCUUGCUAGAUAACAUGUCGGGAGGCGUCGUGCGAGGCCCCGCAGGAAAUAACGAUUGUCGAAUUUAUGUCGGAAAUCUACCUCCUGAUAUUCGCACUAAAGAUGUUGAGGACGUGUUCUACAAAUACGGAGCUAUUCGAGACAUCGAUUUGAAAAAUCGGAGAGGGGGACCUCCCUUUGCCUUCAUCGAAUUUGAAGAUCCCAGGGACGCAGACGAUGCAGUGUACGGACGAGACGGCUAUGACUACGACGGUUAUCGGCUGCGAGUUGAAUUCCCUCGGAGCGGAAGGGGUGGGGGAAGAGGCGGCUUUGGUGGUGGUGGUGGUGGCGGUGGUGGCGGGGGGGUUGGUGGCGCUCCUAGAGGCAGAUACGGGCCGCCAUCCAGACGCUCCGAGUAUAGGGUCAUUGUCUCAGGGCUUCCCCAGAGUGGCAGCUGGCAGGACCUCAAGGAUCACAUGCGUGAGGCUGGGGAUGUAUGUUAUGCUGACGUUUUCAGAGAUGGAACUGGGGUUGUGGAGUUUGUGCGCAAAGAAGACAUGACCUACGCUGUUCGAAAGCUGGAUAACACCAAAUUCCGAUCACACGAGGGAGAGACCGCAUACGUUCGCGUGAAAGUAGAUGGUCCCCGCAGCCCGAGCUAUGGAAGAUCCCGUUCCAGGAGCCGCAGUCGAAGCAGGAGCCGCAGCGCAGCCAGUCGCAGCCGCAGCAACUCUCGCGGUGGUGGUACCCGUGGUGGCAGAGGAUCUCCUCGCUACUCUCCACGCCAUAGCCGCUCUCGCUCCCGUUCCUAAACUCUGUUGCCAUUUUGGUGGAUCCCCUGUUAGCAGUUCCUCUUUCCACUUGUUUUUACCUCCUUUUGAGUUUCAGAAGUCAACUAUAGAUUUUAAUUUUUGCAUUCCAUCUCCUGAUGUCCUAGUGGAAGGUCUUGGUAUGUAGGUGUAUCCCCUCCUGUCACCUUUCCUCCCUAACCCUCCCUACUUUAGUCCUUUUGUUUUGAUCUCCUUUCUCAAUUCAUUUUAAUUGACCUGUUGUCUUUCCUCCAAAAAUGUUGCAACAUUUGAAAACCUAUUGCUCUGAACUUCAAAAAUGUUGAUCUUAUUAACAAGUUCAAUGUUUUUGUAAGUGUUGGAAAAUGUAUGUACUUUUUCAUGAGAUGGCGGGAGUCUCAUUGCUAAACUGUAUUUUACCCUUGUGUCUUCCUUUAGACAUCUGAAGAUAAGGAUUAAAGAGUGAUUUGGAAUAAAAGUUGUGGAGCACA